AUGGCUUCCAUAACCUUCCAAGUGCAACUUGGAUUUCUUCUUGCAGUUUACCACAACCCUGCUGAUGGAGUUGAUAUUGGGCAUGGCGAGUACCCCAACCAUCCAUACAGACCACUAUCUUUCCCCCCUACCGGGUAUGCCAGCCUUCCAGAGAAUGCAAAAGAGUAUUGCUAUCGAUCUCGAGAGCAUCUUCUUCGAGCACAAUGGGCUAUCGAUCAUUUAGAGAUGGCGCUACAUGCCAGUAAUCUCACGACGGCAAACCCUCGGAGAGGCUUAAAGGUCAAGAAUAAACUCGAGUCCUGGACAGUGGAAUACGAUGUACUAAUCAACGAAGAUCAAUGCAAAGAGUAUGAAUGGUUCGGUAUGAGGUUGAAAUCUCCCCUUUUCCGACCCGAGACCUGUAUUCCAGGAACAGACCCAAAGACAGUCAUGGAUAUCAUGACCAAGGGCUUCCUCGCUGUUCCCAAUGCAGAGACACGCCUGGUGGUCAAAGUGUUUAUACCGAAGCUUCUCGUCAGUCUGGACUCGACGAAGGCUAUUGUAUCCAUGCUUUGGCUGGUAGACCCGCUGUUGAGUGAUAUUCAUCCUGCUGAGAUGCUGUCCGCAGUCCAGGUUGAGGAUCCUUGGGACAAUCGCCUCUCCUCUGACCGGAAACCACUGGAGCUUCUACCGCAUCCAGGAGAUCUGGGGGAUACGAAGUAUCGCCAUAGGACCCACGGAAUUUUGGAUGCUACAUCCGUCCAAGAUUUAAUGUAUCUCAUGGAUUUGGCAAUUUAUGGCGAGGCGGGACGCUGCCCCAAUGCGAGCCCUGCUUAUUGUUUCCUGGUGAACAAGACGACUGUUGUUAUCGAAUUCAGACAACACUGUAGAACACUCGAUAUGCUGGAGGCAUCUCUCUGGGCUAUUUUAUGCGUCAGACUCACUCAACACUGCCUCAACAAAUCUGGUACCUUCUUCUACGAAUCAUAUCCUAAUCUGAGAUAUUGGCAUCCUAUCGCAAGUGCUGCGCCCCCUAAGGAGCUCCGUGCGAUUCUAAUUUUGUCUUCGGGACAACCAUUUGCAUCGCAUUUCCAAAAAUCUAGCCGCCCAACCGACAGAAGAGAAGACUUACAAAAUUAUGCAAGAAAAGAAAGCUACUAUUUUGGUAUCGAGCUCGAAUUGUACAUGCCAGUUUUGCUACCGCAUGAGGGCCGACCCGAUCCUCAUCCCAACGAUGGCAGGGAACUCAGCCGUGCCGAGCGAUUCCCCAACAGAGUUGACUUAAUGAAAGAAACCAUUAGUUAUAUAGGGCCGUUGACUCUGGUGUGGGACGAGCAUUUCGACCGCAAGUCCCGGGAGAGCAAGCUCCUCAGUCAUGGGAUGGUGCCUGUUGACGAUAUCGACCCUCAAUAUCAGACGUGGACCAUUGGAACCGAUGUAUCGCUACGCCGAAUGUCUGAAUGGGGAGGGUACAAGCAGCUGAAUGGUUUGGAGAUCAUCAGUCGCGUUCUCAGAGCUACGCCCCAGUGCUGGGAAGAGGUACUGAAUAUGGUAUCCAUCCUGCGAAACAACUUCAGGUUGACAGUAGGCAAAUCAUGUGGCUUCCACAUCCACGUUAGCAAAGGCACCGGACCCAUGCUGUUACACCUCGUGCGUAAGGUUUCUAUCCUCAUGUAUUUAGCAGAGAACAUUAUUUACCGCCUUUGUUGUCCUGAAAGAAGGGAGUCAAGAUACGCACCGAGUCUAGCAUCAUUACUAGAACCUCUAUGUACCGAUCAGUGGUCGGAAAUGGAUGUUCCAGCUGACUUUGAACAGUACAUUCCCGUCCACAAGGUCGUCGACCGCCGUACCUUGGGGAUUCUGAAGAAGCUCUGGACGACCGAAACUCUACAACUGCUCAAGUUUCUUAUAACUCCCAGCAUGGGCUCAAAGUCUUGCUUAGGUCUCUCCAAGUGCCACUCCUUUGAUGAGUUUGGUGAAGGCUCUGAAGAUGAGUGUAAAGGGACCGUUGAGUUUCGCUACCUCGAAGGUACUCUGGAUCCUGAGCUGAUUCUGCGGUGGAGUCAGUUAAUGGUUUCUCUAUUCCAGUUUGCUGAUCUAGCUUCACCACAGGCAUGGCAAAAUUUUGUACCUGCAGUACUGCAAUGUCCAGCAUUGGGUAGGACGGAUCCGAACGUGCUGAGAGUCUUUUUGUUAUUCUUAGGAAAGGGUGAUGAUUAUGACUUUUGGAACAAUCGGAUGCAAAUGAUGACGAAUUUGCCUCUCGAUGCCCAACAACUGGCUCGCAGGCCAGUUGAUAACAAUGAGAUUCUGCCUCCCCUCGAUGAUGAGUACAUUGAUACAUUACGAGAAGAGCUGUGUACUAGAGAGAUGAAAUUGCCUUGCACGAUCUAG